CGCUCGUGCGGGUAUAAAAAGAAGCGUCGUUGGAUUUGUUUUUCUUUGCUGUCAACAGAGCGCGAGAGUGAGUGAGCCUGCGGCAAGUGAAAAUUUUAUAAUUUUGCAUUUUGGAAUUUAAUACCUUUGGGUAUCAAGCAAUAAAAUAAAAAUGGUCAAUAAUGAUUUGUACAAUGAGGAUGAACUCAAUCCGCCGGAUUGGCUCAAUGAGACGUUUUUUGAAAAAAUACUUAAAAAUGUCGGAACUGAAAAUGCAACGGUGACGAAUUUACUGCUCCGACCUGGUACAUUGAAAAACGAUCACUACGCUAGUGUUCUAUUUCGCGCCAAAGUGAAUUACACUCUGCCAUCGCAGCCUAAAGAGGAAAGGGAGCAGUCCUUUAUAUUGAAAGUCGAACCUUUUGCCGAUGGUUAUAAGAAGGAUAUUGUGGGUGAUUUGUCUUUAUUUCAAACGGAAAUCAUUAUGUACACAAAGGUAUUGCCGAAGAUUGAGGAGCUAUUGAGACGGUGUGGUGAUGAUACUGUUUUGGGACCAAAACUCGUCGCCUACAACUCAACGGCUCCCUCAUAUGUGAUUUUCGAAGACUUGGCACUGAAAGGAUAUACGACAAUCGGACAUCGCCAUACGUCUUUGGAAGAAGUGAGAACAGCUUUGCUCAAACUGGCGAAACUGCAUGCGAUCAGCUACAAAUUGGGACUAGAAAACGAUAAUGUCAUCACAUCAAUGGAUAAAGGUUCCAUGAAUUCCAUAGAUCCGAAUAGUUUCGAAUUCAUCAAGAUUGGCAUUGAAUUACUGAAAGAGGUCAUAAGCGAGCACAGCGAUCUGCGUGAAUUUAUACCACACAUUGAGGCGGUGGAACACCUAUUGCUACCUAAAUCCAUCGAAAUGUUCAACAAAGGCAGCAGCGGCGCCAAGCGCGACGGCAUUUUUGUGCUUAAUCAUGGCGAUUUUCAUAUGAAGAAUGUAAUGAUUCAAAAUAGUGAUGGCAAGCUGAGAGAUCUUAUGCUGCUCGAUUAUCAGAUCAGCGUUUUUGGCUCGCCGGCAAUAGAUCUUCAUUAUGCAUUCACAAUGAUGUAUAGCCCGGAAAUGCGACGCGAUCACCAUGAUGAAUUGUUGUAUUUCUAUAUUACAAAUUUCCAAGAAACUCUACGCAAAUCGGAAUAUCGUGGACAUAUACCGACAAAUGUUGAGUUUCGGCAAGAACUAGAAAAACAUAGAUAUUGGGGUCUCUUCUUACUACUCUCCUUCCUGAUAUUUAGUUAUUCUUUUUCCGAUGCAGAUGGCGAUCUUGCCAAAGUGAUCGAAGAUAAAGCAGAACAAAAGAAGCAAUUACGAGAUCCAAGAUUGCUAAAUGAAUUGCGAGAAUUGUUACCUAAAUUUUUGUAUAACGGUUAUUUUGAGUAUUAGGUGGGUGGUGAUAUUAUUGUAUGUAAGGGUACUUAAAUAUUGUAUAUAAAGACGAGUUAAAAAUGUUGUGGUUAUGAUAUUAUUGCUUUUUUUGAUGUAAAAAGAAAGAUUCAAAAUAAAAAGAAGUGAUAUCUUUAGCUAUGCCAAAGCCUUUAAGCCCUUCAUAAACAUA